AUGGCUUUCCCCUUUAGUACACAUAGUGUAAAAGAUUCUGAGGCUGUUAUAAACUCCCCGGUUUUCUGGGUGGGCCAAGGGUUCGAGUUAGAAAUAGAUGAGAUGCAUCAAUUGUCUCGUAGAGAUGGAACCGACUGGAUUCUUGGUGAUACAACUCCCGUGGAUCUUGCUAAAAUUUACACAGAAGAGGAUUUAUUAGCAAACACAUUUUAUAUAUUCCUUCUCUUGGUGAUGUUUACCAUUAUCUUGGGAGGUGUUUUCUUUGCUGCAAGAGAAUAUUCUCUAUCGUUCCGGAAUAGUCAAAACCUGUCCGAUGUCAUUAAUUCAAUCGAACAGGAACAACACCAACAACAACAACAACCAAGCUACCAUUUGACAAAUCAUGUAACAGAGAAAAUGGAACCACCAAGUACUUGCUGUUUGAAAGAAGAUAUACCUCAAGAGGGGGCCCCCGAUGAAACAUAUAGUGAAGAUUCUGGAUCGAUUUCUCCAUCAAUAAAGAUAUCAACCAAAGUAUUUGAUAAUCUAGAUUUGAAAAAUAUCCCACCAUUAUCACCAUUACAUUUGAAACCAGAGAAAAAACCCUACGAAUUCGAUCGCUUAUUAGUGGUGAAACCAGACUUAACUUCGGGAGAAUUCACUGGUGGAUCAAUCACCAAAUAUUUAAAUAACGAAUUUACACCAAUUCAAAUUCCCAGUUCGAAGAAAAUUACAUAUAAUUUUAAUGAAUUAUAUUCCAUUCAAGAUGAUGUGUGUCAAUCAUUCAAGGCUCACGAUUUGAAAAUUUACAAAGAGUUUGGAUUAUUGGAACUCUUAAAAGGCAGAUUGGAAGUACCAAGAACUGAAUUUGCAACCAUUUAUGAAGCAGAUAAGUGUAUUAACGAGUAUAAGGCAAUGGCAUUAAAUGAAUCAUCCACAAAUAGUACGCCUAAUAUAUUCCGAUCGAUAUCACUUGUUUCCAUAUUGUCCAUUGGAACCACAAGUCCGGACAAUCCAAACUAUUAUCUAACUUCUUUCAAUGUACUCAUACAAUCAAUGGUUGAUUCUGGAGAUAUAUUCAAUCUUUUGGAUGAAAGUGGGGACUUGACUAGACAUCUAUUGAUGUGUAUGGUGUUGACAUAUUGUUGGAAUCAAUGGAAGUAUCGUACUCGAGAUAAUUCUAAAAUAGAAGAAACAUUCACUCGUUGGAAUUCAACCCCUAAUGUUGUUAAUCAGAAUACAAUAUUCAGAGUGGUAUGCAACUUAGAAUUAGGGAUGCAUGCGUUGAAGAACAGAGAUCAAGAGUUCAAAUUACAAUUAUUGUUGAAACAUAUUUGUAAUGAAUCAAAUUGUAAUGAUUAUCUAGGAUAUAUCCCAAUGAUAGCCAAGGCUGUUAAUAUCAGUACAGGAGUCGCUACGAAAGUUACCUUUUAUGAGAUGGUGUUUAGGAUAGUGAAGAAACAUCAUAGAUGUUGUAUGAGGAUAUACAUUGAAGAUACUAGAACCGAUUUAAAAUCCUUGAUACAACAUGGAAUUUGGCACCGGAAUGAUGCUAGAAUCUGCGAACAAGCUAAUCGAAUCUACUAUUUUCUUACCCUGCAAGGAUAUGAGAUCAAUUCAUGGAUAGAAGAAGUGGAACGGGGGAAAACUCUUGUACCAUCCGCGGCUGAAAUUGAAGAAGAAUUUGGAAUCAUGAAAAAGUCAGUGACUCCAGGGUCAUGGUCAACCAACAAAGAGGAGCCCACAUUGACGCGGUCGCCAAGCUUGAGACAGUUUGGGUACCAUUGA